CACAAAGGCGACGGCAGUUGAACGGCAGCGACCCAGCCGAGGGUGAUAACUACUGGAUGAACUUGUCUCGACAAACCCGUCCGGAUCUGAGGCUGACUGCGGGAAAAAGGCCACUCUGAAGCGAAUGAAGAAACAACGUAUCUUUCACUUCACAUACAGAGGACUUCUAACUAGAGGAAAAAAGAGUAAAAGAAGAAAAUGGAGUAUAAAUUACGAAAAGCGGAACCCAGAGACGUGUCUGAUAUAUUACGACUGGUGAAGGAGCUUGCAACGUACGAGCGAAUGGAAGACCAGGUGACUAUGACUGAAGAAGAACUCCUGGAGGAUGGAUUCGGUGACACCCCGUUCUACCAUUGCUUUAUAGCUGAAAUCCAAGGAGGGACCAGCAGCGACGAUCCGAAGGUGGUGGGUUUCGUCAUGUACUACUUCACCUAUGACCCGUGGGUGGGCAAACAGCUCUACCUGGAGGAGUUCUAUGUGAUGGGGGAGUACAGAGGUCUGGGAAUCGGAUCGGAGCUCCUGCGUCACCUCAGUGAUCUGGCGAUGAAGACUCGCUGCACCGGCAUGAUGUUCGUGGUGGCGGAGAACAACGAGCCCUCGGUCCAGUACUACAAGCGGCGCGGCGCCGAGGACCUCUCCCAGGAGGAGGGCUGGAGGCUCUUCAGGUUCGACAAGGACAGCCUGGUGAAGAUGGGCACUCCGGCCGAGGAGUGAGGGGCUCCGGGGGGUCGGCUGCUCUUCUUUUUGACGAGUCAUGUUGAGUCUGAUGCUGCCGCCACUCUGACCUCCCGUUUGAGAGGACGCGGUGGCGGCGUCUGAGCAGCCGACUCCUUGGGGGGGGCUCUCCAGUCAGACGACACUUGUUGUUCAGCUGUUUGAAACGGGGAAUUGUGUUUGUAGUUGUGCAGCUUUGUUUCAGUCUGAUGUAUUUGACUAAUUUAGUUCUGUUGCUGCAUGUGGUUUGUUUCAAUAAAACAAUAACUUCUCGCUU